UUGGGCGCAGGAUGAGGGCGGCCAUUGCUGGGGCUCCGCUGCGGGGAGGAGGACGCUGAGGAGGCGGCGAGCCGCGCAGCGCUGCGGGGGAGACGCCCGCGCCGACGCGGGGCCCAUGGCCAGGACCACCAGCCAGUUGAGAUGAAGAUAUAGAGCCAGAUAAAGAAAGAUCCAGAGAGAUCUGAGGAACAUCAGUCAGUCCUCUUCCCCCAAAUUCAAGUCCUCUGCCUCCUGGCGAUGACCCAUGCGCCGACUUCUUUUCUUCUGGUCCCUAGACCCUGGGAGGACUGGGCUCCUGCUCGUUGCUCAUAUGACACCGUUCCUAUUCAGUCCAGCGUGGUGUUAUGUGCCUGUCCAUCCCCAUCCAUGGUGAGGACCCAGACAGAGUCCGGCCCGGCCCCCGGCAUCCCCAGCGGUGGCAGCAGGCAGGGCCCCACCAUGGACAGCACCGCGGCCGAGGCCCGUCCGAGCACCAACUCCCGGCAGCACACCACACAGCCUCUGCCACAGCCUCGAAAGAAACGGCCUGAAGACUUCAAAUUUGGGAAAAUUCUUGGUGAAGGCUCUUUCUCAACAGUUGUUCUGGCCCGAGAACUGGCAACCUCAAGGGAAUAUGCUAUUAAAAUUCUAGAGAAACGUCACAUUAUCAAAGAGAACAAGGUCCCAUAUGUAACCAGAGAAAGAGAUGUGAUGUCGCGCCUGGAUCACCCCUUCUUUGUUAAACUUUACUUCACGUUUCAGGAUGAUGAAAAGCUGUAUUUUGGCCUUAGCUAUGCCAAAAAUGGAGAACUGCUUAAAUACAUUCGCAAAAUUGGCUCAUUUGAUGAGACUUGCACCCGCUUUUACACGGCUGAGAUGGUGUCUGCACUGGAGUACCUGCACGGCAAGGGCAUCAUUCACAGGGACCUCAAACCAGAAAACAUUUUGUUAAACGAAGACAUGCACAUCCAGAUCACAGAUUUUGGAACAGCAAAAGUACUGUCCCCAGAGAGCAAACAAGCCAGGGCCAACUCGUUUGUAGGAACAGCCCAGUAUGUUUCUCCAGAGCUGCUCACAGAGAAAUCGGCCUGUAAAAGUUCAGACCUCUGGGCCCUUGGAUGCAUCGUCUACCAGCUUGUGGCAGGCCUGCCGCCAUUCCGAGCCGGGAACGAAUAUCUUAUAUUUCAGAAGAUUAUUAAGCUGGAAUAUGACUUCCCUGAAAAAUUCUUCCCUAAGGCAAGAGACCUUGUGGAAAAACUUCUGGUUUUAGAUGCCACAAAACGUUUGGGCUGUGAAGAAAUGGAAGGGUAUGCCCCUCUGAAGGCCCACCCAUUCUUCGAGUCCAUCACAUGGGAGGACCUGCGCCAUCAGACGCCGCCCAAGCUCACUGCCUACUUACCAGCCAUGUCGGAAGAUGACGAAGACUGCUAUGGAAAUUAUGACAAUCUCCUGAGCCAGUUUGGCUGCAUGCAGGUGUCGUCCUCAUCGUCCUCGCACUCCCUGUCUGCCACGGACACGGGGCUGCCCCAGAGGGCAGGCAGCAACAUCGAGCAGUACAUCCACGACCUGGACACUAAUUCUUUUGAACUGGACUUACAGUUUUCUGAGGAUGAGAAGAGGUUAUUAUUGGAGAAGCAGGCCAAUGGAAACCCCUGGCACCAGUUUGUAGAAAAUAAUUUAAUACUAAAAAUGGGUCCAGUAGAUAAGCGAAAGGGUUUAUUUGCUCGACGACGACAGUUACUGCUCACAGAAGGGCCGCACUUAUAUUAUGUGGAUCCUGUCAACAAAGUCCUGAAAGGUGAAAUCCCAUGGUCACAAGAACUCCGACCAGAGGCUAAGAAUUUUAAAACCUUCUUUGUCCACACGCCGAACAGGACGUAUUACCUGAUGGACCCGAGCGGGAAUGCUCACAAGUGGUGCAAAAAGAUCCAGGAAGUGUGGAGGCACAGAUACCAGAGCCCCCCGGGGGCUGCCGUGCAGUGACACACCGUGGCCACUGUACUAGCUGCCAGGACACGUGCCCCAGUGUGGCUCGUGGCCACCGGGAUGCUUCCAGACCACCUGCCAUCCAUCUCAAGGGGGACGCAGACAGCGGAACCUUGCAGCUUUUUUAUUUAAAGAAAAGAAGAAAAAAAACCCCAACCACACAAAGAACAAAACCGAUAACGAAAAGGAAUUCAGGGUUGCUUUGCUUGCUCUCUGUGCUCUGUGGAGGUGUUGCUACGCCCUCCUUGCCAUGGGACCCAGUGCUGUGCACGUCCGCCUCACUCCCACCCAGCCUAGUGGACAGACUGCGUCACCAGCUCUCCACCGUGCAACCUAGUCGCCUGUGGUCCUGUUGGGGCCAAGGGGUUGGGUCAUGUCUCUGGGGUUUUUCUGCCCUGAGGUGAUCAUGGAAUUCUUCACCAGAGCUGUGCAGAACUCUGGUCAGGCGUGGCGUCCUGUCUCCACAGGGUGGGAAGGUCUGGGCUUUUGUCCAUGUGCUCCUUUUCUUUGUCCCUACUUUACGGCCCGCCCCCUGAGCUCUUGCAGGCCCCCUGGUUGCCACCUCGUUAGGUUUCUGUGUUCCUAGCUGUGUGUCUGCCAGGUGGGCUCCAAGUGGUAAGGCGUAGGGCAGACUGUCGGGGAAGUAUCGAGCCUCUGAAGUCGAAGGGUGCCAGCACAGCUACCACCCCUCUGAGUGGUGCUGCCCUCCAGGGCCAGAAACCAAGCCCGAGCCUGGGGGAGCACUGUCCAGGUGGGCCCAGCUGGCCCCCAAGUGCAGCAGGGCUGACUGGGCCUGGUGGCCUCCACAUGAAGGAGUGAGCUCUUGGGCUCCCUCCUGGAGCAUGUGUGACCCAUGGCACAUGCAGGCCUCCCCAGCUGGUGACGGAGGGACUGCGAGCCUCCUGGUGGCACUGUUGGCAGGGGGCAGUACACAAACGCAGGUGGCACUGUGCCCUUCCAUGGUUUACUGGGAUGCCCUCCUGGCCUCAUUCAGCAUCUUUACAACUCUCCAGUGAAAAUCUAAGAGGCUGCUCCUGCUGCCAGGUCAUGUGGUCCCCACUGAGCGGCCUUUUCCUGGAAAAAACUACUCCCUUUGCCUGAGGUGCGCCAGCACCAUGCUUCCCCCAGCUUCAGGCCUCCUUUGGUCUAGCAGUGUUGCUGUCCACACAGGUGGCCCAGGCCACGCCCAGCCUCUGCUUUUCUUUGCUGCUCUCCUGUAGGCCUGCCAAGGUCCUGCCUGUCCUUACCCUACAAGGUUGUCCCAGGUGGAAGAGGAGCGGGCUGCUCACAGGCAGGUCUCUGUCCCCGUUUCCUUUAGACUUUCACUAAGACACCAGCAAUGGGCUCCCACCGAGAAGACUUCCCCUGGCUAACUACUCCCUGCCCCCUCCUACCUGGAAUGAGCCACUGUCAUCUCGUGUGACCAGUGAUCCAAAUUAAGAGGAAGGAUGUCUUUCUCCAGUUGUUUUAGUGAUAAGAGUGGCUCUCAAACUGGAAAAGAACAUGGAUGGGUGUGGGGGAGUCACCCUGCUUGGCAUUGGCAGGUUUGGAUGGGAGCAGAGAUGGUGGGUGGUGGCCAGGUUCACUGCUGGUUCCGUGGCUCUGAGAGCAGCACGAGAGCAGGUGUGCAUGUGUGUGUGCGUCUGUGUCACGGUGCUGCGGUGUCGGUGUGCCCGCCCUCAGGGCACUUCGGAGCAGAGCGCUGUCCUGGGCUUGUGGCCACGUGUCAAGCUCCCUCUUCCCUGUGUGCUAUUGAAAGACGUGCCUGUGCUCAUAUGCUUUUCUAAAAGGGUGGCCCACAGGGCCCUCUUUCAGGAUCCCCAUCAUGGGCUUACCUCCACAGGUGUGUGUCUCCCCCACGCCACCCCCCGGCAUCCAGCAGCACCCUGAGUGUCUCUAACCGGAAACAAAUGCAGCACCCGCAGGGCUGCUCGGGGAAAAGAAUCUUCUGUUGCAUUCUUCCCUCUGGAUAGAUGGCGCCGCUACCUCCUGGGCUUAACCGUCAAGCUCCAUCUUAACCUCUGAAACCAGAGAAUAAGGGGUUCACGGUUGAGCUAAGAUGAGCUGGCAGAGCUGAAGUGCUGCCUGGCCUGAGCAUGUGACCGUGGAGUCCUUAGGCCACCUUCUCAGCUCACUCAGUGUCCUCUUUCCCCAUUUUUUUUUUUAUGCCCACACAUAUUCUUACCUGUAUUUACUCAUGUUGACUUUAGUUUUAUCCUGCUCAUCCUUAGAGCCCUCAUCCAGGCCUGCAGGUGCCUUGACGUUCUGGGAUGGGGAUGUGGGUGUUGGUCUGUGUACCUACAUAGAAAUGUAAGUGUGUAUUUGUCCUGAAGGAAAGUGCCCCGUGGUCUACUAGAUCCAGGAGCCGGUGUUUUAUGGAGGGAGAGCAAGGGCAGGCGUAAGUACCACAUCAAGACCAGUGUGGCGAGGACAGCCAAAGGUCAGAGGGCCCCUGGGAUGGGAAGAAGCUGGGUUUGGGUGGGGUUGUUUCCUUCCCUCUUUCUGUGGACCAGAGCAGGCAGUCAGUGUUUGGUGGGCAGUGGACAUCCCUGUGUGGAGCACAAAGCCCACCCCCCAAGUGGCCCUACAGCGUGCUGGCAUUCUUAACCUCGACUCUCAGGAGGCUUGUUGCUGACUUGCUUUGGGAAAGGUGGCUCUUGUCAUGCCGAAGCUGGUGGGACCCACGCCUGCUCCAGCCUUUGGGCCACUCUGGUUUGGCGGCCCAGGCCUGAAAGAAUUGCAGGAGAUGGCCUCAGGGCAGGGUGUCAGCACAGGGGGUUCCAGGCGAUCUGUGACUUCUUAAAACAGUUGUUUUCUGAAGAUCCACUGUAGGCUCGCUGCCCAGAGGAGACCACUUGUGGCCAUUUUGGUGUGCGGCCUAUGUCCUCCCAUGCUCACGUUAGUUUGCAUUUUUGAUUAAACUGGGAACACACACAUACACUAUUUUGCAUCCAGCCCUUUUCACUUUAUAAUUUAAGCAUUUCCCCAGUCUUGAACAGUGAUUCAAAAGCAUUGUUUUUAUGAUUGUAGAAUUUAAUGGUUAUAGAUUCCAUCGUUAUUUGACAAUUUCCCUGUUGUAAACGUUUAGAUGGUUUCUGAUUUUUCACUAUUUAAAUAAUGCUGUUAGGAAUGGCUUUAUAAAUCUGGUUUUUGACUGAUUUCCUGCCCUACCCCCCCCCCCCCCAGUUCCUGGAAGUGGUAUUUUUGAGUCACAGAGUUCAUUUUAAAAGGUGGUAUCGGGUCCCUCUUCCUGUCUUAAUCUGAUGCUUAAAUGCUCAGAGUUCUGAGAACAGAACCUCCCUAGUUGUGUCCUACAGAUUCUGAACAAAUCAAUUUCUGGUGAGCUGUGUGUUCCAAAGAGUGUUUGAAUAAGACCGCUUUUUUUUUUAAUGCUAAAAUGACGUCAUUUACUGCAGUCUGCUUUUCAGAUAUUUUAACAAAAGCCAAUUUCCUUAUUUUCACUGAAAGAACCUGGUUAUGUUUGCAUGUUAGUUACCUUCCCAUCCCUGCUGCUAUGGCUUUCAAGUGCUUGGUGAUAGUUUCAGAAUCUUGUACUUUGUGUCCACAAUGGUACUGAAUUUGCAUCUGUGCAGUCAGCAGAGAUAAAAAGUGUUGAACUGACCUUGCCACAUGCUUAGUGGAUGAUUUAUAAUUAAGCUUAUAGACUCAGAAAGUACACUGGGCCAUUUGGAAUCAGUGAAAGAGCAAAGGCUUACUUGAGAAAGAAACCACAUAGACAAUUGGGUUUUACAGAAUUGUGUUUGUCUCCCCGCUCUUCAAAUGGAGGGACUCGGUCCACAGACCUGAGUGGUUCAGUAGAGCACGACAGCCAGGCUUUUUCAUUGUAGAUUGCACUGUCCUGGCUGGUAGAGAUUUGAGGAAGUCUCCCUUCUCCUUGCCCAGUGUUGCAGGUUGCCUGCUUGUCUUCAAGUUGAGACCAUCCAAAUUUAGUUUCAUUCUUAAUUUUUCCACCUCACUUUGAUGUUUGUUCAUUCUGAGGGGCACUGUGCAUGAGAGAUUUUUCUAGGUGUCAUCAUGCUCAAUGCCACUUUGACAGAGAUUACAGCUGAAUUGUGCAGAAUUAGGUCUCCUGCCUUGCUCUGACCCCCUCUCCCCCUCUCCCCUGGCAGGCCUACAGAUGGAGGGCACUCACUGCCCAGAUGCAGAGGCCGCAGCUGCUCUGAGCACGGGGAAGGUAGUAUUCUUGGAGAUGUUGCCAUACACGUUUUUCCAUAUUGUUUCUUUUCAUAUCCAAACCUAAUAUGAACUGAUGAUGACUCAAAUGGGUGUGGCCCUUGUCUCUUAGGCAGCCUGCAUGGCAAGUGCCUUAGUUAAAUCAGGGCAGGAGUCACUCCCAGAAGGCUCUGAGGGGUGCAGGCUGCUGGCCCAAGGUUGCAGGGUUAUAAAUCAGCCUGCCUGUGGAGAACUGGUCUGAAGAGGAGGCUGUUCCAGCAAAGAGCAGUUUUCUCUGUAGCUCAGACAGCUGUGGUGAGCAACUGGAUGAACCCAUGUAUAUACCUGAAUUUUCCCCAUAACUCAUUUCUUCAAUAUGAAGAAGCACCAAACUUUAUGUACAAGAACCUUUUUACAAAAGGCAAACCUUUUUUAGCUGUGUGAUCCACCGUAACCCAUCUGGCUGAAUGACUAUGAAUAGGGGUCAUUUAGCUGGUGAAAAGCCCCUAUCACGAUCUUAUUUGUUUGGAGGUUGACAAAAUUAAAGUUUGCAAUAUUUAGAGCUGCUGUAGCUGUUCCUUAACAUGAAAUAGGAUGAAUCAACAGUGUGUUAGCUGUCUUUCAGGUUGGUGGCAGUCAGAACGUGUAAUCUCUACCUGGUCUGUAGCUGUAACUGUGAUGUACAGGCAAAACAAAAAUUAAAAAAACUUAUGAAAACAAAUAAUGCAAUGAUAAUAGGAUAUAUACACUUUUGUAUUUUUAUUCUUAUAUAAGGUUAUUGUUGGCCUCUAGUUCAGUCUGUGUUAUUUAAAAUCUAAUAUAUGAAUUAUUUGGAUUGAAUUCAUGCUCGGGGCCACACUGUUGUAUGUAUUGAUGUACAGCCUUGAAUGUGAAUAAUUAUUGUAAACUAUAUUUUACAACUUUUUUUCUGGCUUUAUUAUAUAAAUUUUCUAUUUGGUCGAUGAUUUAAUCAUAUAAUUUAAUGAAUCUUCUUUUUUUCAAAUAUUUGUGCUUUAGAUGUAGUUACCAGAUGAUGAAUUUUCCACGUUAUGCUCGGUUAGUCUUGUAAUAAAAAAAGCAUGUAGAGUGUA